CAGUAGAGUCAUCUACACGCUCUAGUUAUCAUCGCUUAGUAUAGAUAUCAGCGGCACAUCCAGUGAGAUGGCGUAGCCCGGUGAGAAUUUUUAGAAGAGGUCGAGACUCUACCAUCUCUUCGACGGCUGACCGUACGCAAAUCUUCGGUCGUUGUUCAAGAAUUUACAAUAAAAAUUAAAAGUCUCACUGAACGCCGGAGAAACGGAUAAUUGUCACCAUUCGAACAUACACGUCGUCUGAGUUUGCAACACACGUUUUACUCGACUAAUAGUCGACGCAUUUGCCGAAAAUUCGACGGAAAUCAGUCGCAAUUUUUCGGGAAUUGAAUACUAACCGCGAAAAUCGCCAUGCCCGCAGCGCAAUAUGGCUGAUAUUAGGAAAAAUAGCGCGCGUCGGCAUCCGGGAUAGUGUUGCACAGAGAAAACACGAGCACCCCGACAACAGCACGGCUCGUUGAUCUUAAUCGUCGUGCAAAGUGUUGCGGCGAAACAUACUUUGGACUCCAUGGUAGAUAGUUGUGCCGCCUUUAUGUGUACCUCGCGAGUUCACCGCGAAUAACACGGUCGUUUAGAUAAAAUAAUACAGAUAUGUCAGACCACAGCGACGCAUUUGAUCAUCCGAAAAGUACGUUGCUCGAGGAUGAAGAAAUGCCGACUUUUAUGAGCGUGUCGAGCAAGGAGAGCCUGCCGUUCAAUGACACUAACGUCCACCAAUUGCCCAUUCACAACAAUUCGAACCCGCUCGACAAUAACGAAAACAGCAACGAUUAUCAGGCACAAAGUCGCAGCCCGACUACAGAGGAACGCGAAGACGAGGGCAACGAGGACAACGAGGACAAUGAAGAGAGCAGCGUCUACGUAUUGUCCUCCGGAGAUGAAGCCGACGACAGAGAUCCAUCGCCAAAUUCCUUCGACGAGGAGGUCGACGAGGAAGAGGAGGACGAAGAAGAUGACGACGAAGAGGAUAUCGAUGAUAUAGACGAAAUGGAUCCAGAAAACGAAGAAGUGGAUGCAGCCGAAGAUCAGCUGGAAGAUUUUUCCGAUGAAGACAACGAGAGAGACGACGUUAUGUCCGACGACAUGGCACUGAGAUCGGACAAACCAAAAUUGAUACUGCAACGGAAACGCAGUCUUUCUUUGCAGGAUUUGUCGGAUUGCUCCGCGAUUUUUCCUCGCCGUAAGCCUUACGUUACCGGGGGCAUUAAAUACAGAGGUGUGCAAAGCAAGGUCAGACGUUACAUUCAAGAUCUGAAAGACAUGGGUAGAAGGUCUGCGGACAAACGGUUGAAAUCUAACGAGGAAAUUAACCAAAACGAAGAAUGCCAGAUUCAAGUUUGCCAAGACGGGGAUGAAACCGAGGUUUCCCAUCAUCCUAAAGGGCGUAGGAGUAUCAAAGGCUACGCUGUACAAGCGUUGAAAGACUUGGAAAUCCGAGAGGAGCUUAUUCGAGAAGACAGCAAUUUCAUUUCGGAGAAUGCCGAUCAUUGUAAUAUGAGACCGAACAACAAUGUUCAAACAAAGGCAAAAACUGUGACUGUUGACCAACCGCAUCGAUACAAUAAUCUGAGUCAUGAAAUUAAAUUGGAAAUUGAGGUAAAAAAAUCUAAAAAGCUAAAUUUGAACGGCGAACUAGGCAACGACGACUGUUCGAAUAAUCUCAAAACACCCGAGGAUCUAACCGUGAACUACACCAUGAACGGCGAUGUGCAAGGUCAGAAUAUUUUGGAUGUUCGUUCGAUCGGGUAUGACGAAUACAUGCGUGGCAGCUCGAAUCACAACUACAAAUAUUCUCCGGAACCUGAUAAAGUAACGGGGAAAAACGACACGACUAUAGGAAAAAAUAGAAACUCAAAUUCUACCGUAUCGGGGGUGGCCACGAUGGUCGUUACAAAUGUAGACCAUAAUGAACCGCCCAAUCGACAUCCCAAAAAUCUUCAGAGCGAGGAAGUAAUUCCUAUGGAAAUAGUCGAGCACCGCGACGAUCCAAAAGCGGUCGCAGAAGCAGCGACGAGAGAACAAAUUUACAAUGAAACCCUCGAAGAGAUGAGUCUGAUCAAAGCUCAGCUGAAUCAGAAGACCACACAAUGUAAAGAGAUAAGAGAAGCCUAUCAAAAAACUUUAUCCGAAAAUUUUGAGUUGAAACAAGAAUUGGAAGAUUUGAAAAAGUCUCUCUCCAAAAUGUCCUCGAAGAAACAAAGUCCAGAGCUCGUCACUGUGGCAAUUCAGACCGAUCGUAUCCUGAGCCCUGCCCAGACGACGCAGCAAAUCGCACCUGCGGACAGUUGUGUGAAUCCUAAAAUUUCCAGUAGUACCAUAGCCUCCGCUAUCAGUUACAACGACCAAUGGACGGAGAGUGCAGACAGCUUGCCUACAUCCAACGGAUCAAUGCGACCACUGCCUAACCUCACCCCUCUGUCUGUCGCUGACGACAGUUUCAUAGGAGUUCCUUCGACCCCUUUGCGAACGCCACGCCAGCCUUCUCACGCUUUCCAAACCUCUUCGAAGAUAAUAAAAAUGCUGUCCAGUAUCACCCAGCGAAAGUCUAAAGUCGAUGGCAACAUAAAAGGGCAAGACGAGUCCACGAAUAUUUUUGACAAAGUCCUAGGUUCUUCCCCCGCAGUUUCCAGUUGUAAUUCACCGUUGAACCACAGAAUCUCUAACAAAAGAAAGGCUUCGGACAUGCCAGAAAAUGCCAACGUUCUUCAACCUCCUAAAAUUCCCCACACAACCGGCGGAUUCCACAGACCGAACAGGAGAUCGAGAUCUGAAUUCGCACACCCGGGAAACCACGUCAAACCGAACUCCCAAUCCACCGCCCAACAGUCUUCGGACGUUAAUGGAACACAGGAGAAUUUAGAAGACUCCCAGAAAGAAGAGGAACCUCGAGAAGAUUUAGACAAUGGAGUGAAGUGCUUUACGUAUCGUGAAGAUGAAAAUAGUCCGCAAACGAGUUUCUUAAUUCAAGCAGAAAAUGAAAAUAAAAAUGCAGAACGCGACGAAGAUUCAAAACGUCCCUCAUCUGUGGUAGUCAGAGAGUGCGGACCCUAUCUACUCGGAAACGUGGAAGUGAGGAUGACCGAAAUCAAUGGAACCAUCAACAUUUGGGGCAAAGAGGUGAAUCAGGAAACUAUCAUACAAGACGAACGCAGAGAAGAGACUGACAUGGACGAUGAAGCGAACGAGAAAGAUCCUUGCGAAUGUUUACACAAAACACCCAACCUCAGAAUUCCCCUGUGUUGUUCGACGAAUCGAAAGUCGAAAAUACCACCUCUGAGAAUGGACGAGUCUGAAUUUUGUAAGAAUUUCAAUUCUCCGUCGACCAGCCAACCCAGAGAGUCACCAGCAGCUGCGGACAACUUCAGACAAUGUCAACAUUUGGGAAAUUUUAUGAACUCCGUAGAAAGUAUUCGUAACCCUAAAGAUUGCGAGUCGCACAUCCACUCUCGCAGCGCUUUCAAAUGCAGAAGAUCGUCCAACUUCUGCGAAGAGGAGUUCCAGGUGGAGCCUCCUAGAAAUCCGAACCUGAACAAAUGUGGCUGUGAUUGGGAGCAUGAAGGUUGUUGUUCGAUUUCGUGCGGAAGGGUUUCGAGGCAUUGUCACGAGGAUGAUUGCGCAUUAGGCACAACGAAUCGAAGAGAGAACGGGACAUGUUCGCGUUGGAAUACGUUGAAAAGCAACGGGCAUUCAAAGACUGAUGGGAACUGCGCGAGAAACCAAACUCUCCGCUUUCCUUCUCGCUGCGAGGGAAAAAACUCGACCUGUUCGCACGCCCCACGGAGGCACUCCUUUGCAGACGACGACGACGACGAGGUUUUCAAGAAGCCUUCGACCUCGAACACGAGGAUGAGUGGGAGCUACUGCAGGUCACGAAGCCUUUCGUGCAACGACCAUUCGGACGACCCUUUGCUACCCCAUCAUUUGCACGACACGUCAGAGGUUUUAAAACGGCGUCGUUCGAGCGGGAAACGGGUGCGGGGCAUCCUCAUGGAUUUUUUGAGAGGUUGUGGCGACUGCCGAGCUGUUAAUGGUACGCCCAACAAAGUUUCACCUGGUGUCGUACCCCAAGUAAGAGUCAGACCUGCCACCCCGCCAUGUGCUGCUCCCCUGAACCAGGCCCAACAAAGGACAGCGAGCUACGGAUCGACGAACAACAGGUGCGUACACACGGAACGCUGUGCGACCUGUGCUCGGCGGAUAGAAAUGGCGACAGAAAUUGAAAAUCAGUUGGAAAUAUUCGGAGCAGAGAUGGAAAGGCUCCGCUCGAGAUCGCAGGCGGUACUUGGAAUGCUGAAUACCUUGCACUCCGCGGAUACGAAUUGAAAGAGUCACGAAUAUUUUAUUCCCGCUUUCCUGUUCGCUAGCCUUAAGUUUGUCAUUCACUUGUCGUCGGUCCUCGGUUCGUAAGUACACACAGAUUUUAUCCAGGGUAUCGGAGCGAGGCGUGAAGUCUUUGGAUUACUUUUCAGUUCCCAGCUAUGAAUCAUUUUCUUUCAUUUUUCGUGGAUAUGCGAUCUGCACCGUUACAUGGAUAUGAUAAUCCAAUGAAUAUUCGUGAAGAAACAAAUAUUAUAUAUACCCACAUAGAGUGUACAAAUGCAAAUAAUUCAUUCAUUUCGGAAUUAAUUAUUCAUUAUUUACCGUACUACUGCUAAAUGUUGUUAGUUUUUUUUUUUUGUGUUCUUUCUUUCUACUUUUUUGCUCACUCUGAAAUUUUAAUCGCUAUCAUUUACGUUCACUUGUAUUAAACAUUCCAUUUGAAAAAGGAUAAAAUUUUUUUUUAAAUAACUUACGAUGGCGAAGAAAAAGCAUCCGACAAAACUGUGCGUGAGCUAGGUUGAUUUCAAAUUUCGUUUAUGCUGUCUAAAAAAGAGACCUUUCUGAUGUACCUAAUUAUAGCUGUAAUUUGUCGUUUUAAAGAUGAAUAACUUGAUUACAUGAAUAGUAAUAAAAGAAAAAAAAAAAUCA